UGAAACCAUUUCUACCAUUCUCUUUAAUCUCUUCCUCUAUUUCACCUUGUUCUUCUUCUUCCUUUACUCAUCGCCUAUAUUAACUCCUCACAUCUUCCUCAUUUUUCAUAAUUCAGUCUCUUCCUUCUCUUGAGCAAGAGGUGCCACUGCAUUUUCAGCUGAACCAGCAAAAUUCAGUGACGAGGCCAGUGGCAAGAACGGAAAGAGCUCAGGAACGAUGAACAUGGAUGAAUUCAUAGCCAGCAUUUGGAACACCGAUGAAAUCCAAGUGAACCCUCCUCUACCCUACGAUGAAGCUGAAAAGAACAAAGGCGUUGCACCGGAACCCACCAUUCCUCAGCCAAACUCAGCCUCAGCCUCAACCUCUGUCCCUCCCCCAAAUUGCAAGAAAACUUCGGAAGAAGUUUGGUCUCAGAUCCAGAAAAGCCAACCACAAAACACUGAACCUGAAAACAACAACAACACCACUCUUGCUAGGAAUGAAACCCUCCAAAAUGAAUCCACAUUUGGAGAAAUGACUUUGGAGGAUUUCCUGGUAAAAGCUGGGGUUGUUACUGAAUCAACACUGUUCACUACUAUAUUACCUCAGAAUCAUUUCCCUACCAUCCCAACUCAUGUGCCAUUUAACACAAGCUAUAUAUUAAUAGGCACUACUGGAUCUAAUGUCAAUGUGCCCUGUGCUAGAUUUGAACCACCUCAAAUGCUGCCACAGAAUAACCACUUUGUUAUGAGGAAUCUCCCUCCUGCAAAUGUUGCUGUGGAGAAUCCUCAAAACAUAGCUGAAUCAAGUAGCAACAAGGGUAAGAAGAGGAUCAUGUCUGGUCCUCCUGAAGUGGUAGUAGAGAGAAGGCAGCGCAGAAUGCUGAAGAAUCGAGAAUCUGCAGCACGAUCUCGUGCAAGAAGACAGGCAUAUACUGUGGAGCUUGAAGCAGAGCUGGGAAAUCUCAAAACCGAGAAUGAGAGUCUGAAAAAUAUUCUGGUAGACAAUAUUGAAAUUGAGGGUUCUUAUUAUUUUUUUUUUCUUUCUAAAUGUUUUUUGGUGUUUAACAUAUUUUAUAUUCUUUUACAUCUGCAACAGGCUGAAGAUGAAGAGAAGAGAAAGAAAAUAUUAACUGAGUUCAUGAAGACACCACCCUCAACAAUGGCUCAAAAGAGGAAUGAAAAACUGAAGAAACUGAAGAGGCCUCUGAGUGCAUCCUGGUGAGUGGUGAAGAAGCUUUAACGGCAGGCACAUUAGAAGAUGAACAUGCACAUUGUGAGAAAAAGGAAAUAAAGUGUAUGUGUUAUCUGAGAUGCACCUGAACCGUUUAUCAAGAUCUAAAAUGCUGGUUUAUUUUGAAGUAUGGAGAGUAGAAGAAAAUAAGAGUUAUGAAUAUUAUCGUUAUAAGUGUUGCUUUUGUUUCUUUGAAAUAUGCACCUGGUGUCUCAGUUUUUAAUUUCCUGGUUUGUAAUAAAACUAUCUGUGAGUUUUUAUGUUAAGUGUGGUUUAUUUUGCAUAA